CAUGGCUUGUAAACAGACGAGUCGUGUCUGCGAGGAUGCACUCGUGCUGUUCCUACCUAUUGAUAUAGACGGCUUUGGUUUUUCUUGGUUGGAAUAGCUUGGUUUACUACCCGUCAUGAAGAGUCUUCUUCUUUCCCUGGGCGCCGGUCUAGUCGCGGGACUCCCAUCUCAACAUAAUGCCCCUCGAGCUCCCGAUGAGCUUCCUACCUUCGGCCUAGCUAACAUAACGAAGAUCGACCUGGCCGACACUAGUAGUCUUAAGGGCCGGGCUCUAUCCGGACCGUUCAUGGGCGUCGACUUCCCGGAUCCAAGUAUAAUAUGGGGCGACGGCUCGUGGAAAGCCUACGCGACAUCGUCUAACGGCAAGGUUAUACCCGUCGCUACCUCUUCCGACACCUUGUCCUGGACGCUUAGCAGCACCGAUGCUUUGCCGAAUCCGGGCUCCUGGGUCGACCCUAAUGAUAAGGGAAUCUGGGCACCGGAUGUGCAGAAGAAUGAUGCCGGAACGUACGUGAUGUACUACACAGCGCACCAGAACGGCGGCAGCCACUGCAUCGGUGUCGCAACAUCAACCACCGCCAUCGGCCCAUUCACACCGCAAAGCAACCCACUAAUCUGCGAUACGUCUGGCGGCGGCGUAAUCGAUGCAUCCGGCUACGACGACGGCACAGACCGGUGGAUCCUCUGGAAAGUCGACGGCAACAGCCUCGGUGGCGCGACGACAUGCCAAGGCGGGACGCCCUCUGGAUCUUACAAAUCAACGCCUAUAAAAAUCCAGAAAAUGGCGCGGGACGCGAUAACGCUACAAGGAAGCGCGAAGACGAUCCUCGACAACGAAGGAGCGUCUAAUAACGGCGUGGUCGAGGCACCGGCGCUGUAUAAGAUCGGCAACGGCAACUAUGUGCUGUUCUACAGCGCGCACUGCUACUCCAGCGAUGAUUACGAUGUCGAGUACGCCUUCUCGAGCACCAUCGACGGCAGCUACACGAAUCGCGGGAUCCUAAUCCGGACUGUGGAUAAUAAAAGCGUGUACGGUCCGGGAGGAUUGGAUAUCGAUCCUAAUGGGAAGAAUGUCGUGUUCCAUGGCCGACUGGCGGCGAAUCAGGGGAAUGCGAAGAGGGAGUUGUAUAGUGCGCAGCUGACUAUUAGCGGGAAGUCGAUUUCUGGGGUAUAAAA